AUGCGUUUAAAAGACAGAGACACCGCUGCAAUUGACAUUCCCCUUCGAUUGCCUACUGCAAAUAAGAUGUCUGCUCCAGAGCAAAAUCCUGCUGCAAAAUGCAAAUUUUGGAGUCUCAAAGUUCUGCAUGCCAUUAUUCCUCAUUUAUUCUUGGUCUUCCUCUUGGUAAUGUAUGCUGUUUUUGGAGCGUUUCUGUUUGAGCAGUUGGAAAGCACCAAUAAAUCAGCAGAGAAGUAUGACAUUUUUUUGAAUGAGCUGUGGGAAAUUGCCAACCGAACUCAUGAUAAAGAAGGGAUUGAAACAGCAUCUGGGAAACUGUACUUUAAAGAUAACAUAAGGAAAAAACUGAUGGAUUUCCAAAGUUAUUGGUCCACUCUUAAUGAAAACAAAACUCAAUGGAAUUUUCUCGGGUCUCUGUUUUUCUGUUGCACCGUUUUCUCAACUGUGGGUUAUGGUCAUAUCUCUCCUUUAACAGUAGGAGGAAAAAUUGCCUGCAUGUUCUAUGCAACAUUUGGAAUCCCCAUUAUGCUGUUAGUCAUCACCGAUGUUGGAGACAAGUUGGCAGCUUUACUUUCCAAAGUUUACAACCAUGUAAGAAAGCGGCUAAAAAAGAAUAUUUCUCCGCCACCAUCAGCAACCCCCUCAACGUUGUCUUCAUUCAAACAGAGCUUCUCAAAAUCAGAAGCAAAAUCUGCAAUGAGGUCCAUCUCUUUGAAAGGGGGCUCACAUGUGAUCAUCACACCUAUGAGCAUAAAAAGUGUGUUGAACACACAGUCUUCGGUCAAAAAGAAAUCUGAGCUGUUGAGAAAAACUGAAAUAUUCGAAAAAUUAAUUGUUCAAGAAAAUUUUAAUCAGAAGACUUUCGAGCUUUGCAAGAGAAGUCGAAGUAAGUCAUGUCCCCAGCUGGAUCUAAAGCCAGUUGAAGGUGACAGUUUUUUUCCAUGUCUGGGACAAGAACUCGAAAAAUUUGAUGUGCCGAUCAUGAUUAUCAUAGGUGUUAUUAUUGCCUACAUUCUUUUUGGUGCAGGUAUACUUUCAAUUUGGGAAAAAUGGAAAUAUCUCGAUUCCUUUUAUUUCUAUUUUAUUACAAUUACCACUAUUGGCUUUGGGGACUUUGUUCCUGAACAUCCAAAUUUUUUCAUGAUAAUGUCUAUUUUAAUUAUUACUGGUAUGGCAAUCAUGUCAAUGGCUUUUAAAUUAACCCAGAACAGGAUAGCCUUAUGCUAUCAUGAAGUAAGUAUAUGGAUCAAUGGUGGAAAGAAGAACAAAUUUAAAAGAAUUUGA